CGCUUCGUCCACCAACCUCCGUCACAUCCAGAGCAUCAAACUACUUUCACUAUCAUCCGUUGACUAUCCUUCGACCUUCUAUCUCUUAUUCCAGAUCGUCCGGAUCCUUCUGCUUUGGUUCUGACCGAGCUCCUCCCCUUCCCCGUCGUCCAACCCGCUUCCCACGUUCUCCCCGGAUCAGACUCUCCAGUCAAUCUCUGGAAUAUCUCCAGUACCAGGACACCAACCUGCCUACUCGUCUGUCUGAUCGUCUCCCCCGUCACGAUGGAGCUGUGCGGGCGCCAGAAAGUCGUCCAGCGCAAGAUGGUGCUCCUGGGCGACGGUGCUUGCGGGAAGACUUCGGCAUUGAAUGUGUUUACCAGAGGCUUCUUUCCGACUGUCUACGAACCUACUGUCUUUGAGAAUUACGUCCACGAUGUAUUUGUCGACAAUGUCCACAUGGAACUGUCCCUUUGGGAUACGGCUGGCCAGGAAGAAUUCGACCGAUUACGUGCACUUUCGUACGAGGAUACUCAUGUUAUAAUGCUUUGUUUUAGUAUCGAUAGUCGUGACUCGUUCGAAAACGUAUCAACCAAGUGGAUUUCUGAGAUUAACGACAACUGCCCUGGAGUCAAAGUCGUCCUUACAGCACUCAAAUGCGAUCUGAGGAAGGACGAGGACGAAAACGAGAACCCGAAUGCCAUAACCUUUGAACAGGGCUUGGCUAAGGCGAAAGAGAUUGGUGCUGUUAAGUAUCUGGAGUGCUCGGCCGUGCAAAAUCGAGGGAUCAGAGAAACCUUUUACGAGGCGGCAAAGGUUGCCCUUGAAGUGAGACCGGCUGGAUCAAAGAAAUCCAGUAACGCAUGCAUUAUCCUUUAGAUCGAGGAACCGUUGUACCCGUUGAGCCGGGUAAGCUCUUUUUUUUUUUUUUUUUUUUUUUUUUUUUUUCAAUAGUCACAGACUGUCCAAGACAUAACCCAGGAUACGAUGACUCCUGGUGAGUGUCAUCCGUGCCGUCCCGAAAGAGUUCCUUCUAGAUACUCGCGCCACUUUCAGGGUUUUUUUUGUUGUUGUUGUUUGUCCUCUUCAUUUUUCCAAUCUGGCGUAUGGGCAGAGCCAAACUCGUCGACUUCUAGCCGAGCGAGGGUUUUCUUUUUCUGGAGUUGCUGUUUGAGCGUGGGUUCAUAUACCUUCUUGGUCCUUAUUCUGUGUUCACCCUGCUAUUCCUGCUAUUGUAUUUUCAAUUAAUUAUUUUUAACACAAGGUUAUGUCUGUGUCUCUAGCAUAGCCUAGUGGAUCAACAAUAACAAUGCCGAUGGCCUAGACCCUUGGCAGAUUCCUUUGAAGACGGGCUAUUGCUCUACUAGCACUC